UAGGUCAGCAAAACAAACAGGCUAUUCCCGUGCUAUAUAUCCACUCAUUUCUAGAGCGGUGAAUUACAGCCUGCGCCCAGCCUUUACAACACGAUACGUCCCCCUAAAUCCGGAAUAGGUAAUUCCACUAGAUCACCCCACUGCGCGCGUGGACUGGAGUGUAGUUACCUAGGAAUUGGCUCCCUUAGACUGAGUCACUGCUGCCACGACGCUGACACAUUCCAUGAGAGGAGUGCCUUGCCUGCCUCUCUUCUGAUAAGCAUCCUAUGGUAGCCUAGUCUGUGCAAGUCAAGAUGGCGGUGUCGGCAACGGAAAAGGAAAGAAUAUCUACGGUGGUUUUGAAGAAUACUGAAGAUGACCAUCUCAACGAUUCCCUAGGGAACCCCGGGCUUAUCUCGCCGGAUAGGGACGACAUCUCACGGCUUCUGACGGUACCGUUCAGCGGCCGGAUCAGAGGUGGCAUGAGACCCGGGAAGAAGGUCAUCGUCAUGGGGAUUGUUGACCAGGAACCCGACAGCUUUGACGUCAGCCUGACCUGUGGCCGUGGCACGGCGAAGGACGAGGAGCCGCAGCCCGACGUGGCCCUGAAGCUCCGCGCCCGAUUCACCGACCGGCAAUUCCUGCGCAACGCCCGCGUCUCCGGAAAAUGGAGCGAGGAGGAGAAGUCCAUCGACUACUUCCCCUUCAUCCCUGACCAGCCCUUUAGGAUCGAGAUCCACUGCGAGCACACGCGUUUCCGGGUAUUCGUGGACGGAAACCCGCUCUUUGACUUUUUUCACAAAGUGAAAUCCUUGCCUUCAAUCGACACGGUGAGGAUAGACGGCGGCCUACAGAUCACCAAGCUUGGUUAACCGAUCCGUGCCGCUCGGCGUCGCGCGACAAGAACUCAAGACAGGUGAAUGCGCACACGCCUGUUACAACAAUACUCAUCACGCAACACUGCAUCGACAGUGGGCCUAGUGCUUCGGAAGGCCUCGCCAUUACAGUUUGGUUCUGGAAUCACACUGCUUCUUCUUUGACCCCCUUCUCUCUCUUCAUGUCAAGUCCUAAUUUAACCGAGGCCUGAAGUUGUUUUCUUGUUCCUAAUUUAACACAGGUCUGAAGUUAUUUUGUUGUUCUUAAUUCUUGGUUGAAUGGGUGCAAUGCAGCACUGCUCGGUGUGUCUGUCAUGAAACUUUUCCUUUGUUUUCUCCUUCUGUCAGUUCUGUGUGUCAGUGAUCUCACAAUAUAAACGCGUGCUCGUGGUAUAGAAGCGUCCCACUGGGAGUUCGCCAAGGCUGUGAGUCUGCGUAGCAAACGGCAGCCUAUUUUCAAAGUAGUGCACUGAGUUUGAUCGGAGCUUUAUGGGCCCUGCUUAAAGGCAGUUCACUAAAUAGGAAACAUGGCGCCGUUUGGGACGCACAUUCAGAUUUAGUACCUUGAAGGCUUCGCUUUCAUGUAGAGAAAUCCCACAAUUCUCAGGAGGUUUCUCAGGAAUCGACUGUAUUAAUCAGCUAAAACGUAGUGUAGACCACGAAGGGGACGAUCGUCAUUGUGAAUCUGGGUUAUUCGGUUGGUUAGUGUGAUUAGCAGUGCCACGCAGCCCCCAUUCGUUGGGCUCGUUCACAAUCCUUGAAUUGGGUUUGCUGGUUGGUUGUCAUGGUUAUUUGGCAUCCCAACUCAAUGACCUACAUACAGAGUCUGAGUACUAAAUUACACCGUUCUCUAUGUAGUACACUAGCUAUGAUGAGGGCCCAUUGGGGUAAUGAUGCCUUUGUAGGGACUUACUGUGUCAUCUGGCAGGCUCCCAGGGAAACGAGUGUAAUAUUGUGAAGUCUUAAUAAAAUGUACUGUAGCGGCUCUUUGAUUGAAAUGUCUUGUAACUGUAUGGUUCUUACUCAAAAUGGCAGUUAAUUGCAACCAUUCCUCUUCCGUAGAUAGAUAGAAAUUGCACUGACAUAGAGCUACUAGGUAGUGAGUUGAAUGUUCUGUACGGUUCCUUUUGAGCUUUGUUUACAUUGCUUAGCCUAUCUCAGAGGGAUCAAGGAGUGGUUCAUUAAAGGGGUAGUUCACCCCAAUGUCAGCAUUUUGUCAGAUGUGUUUUAUACCUCAAGGGUGUUCUGUGUGGGGCUAAUAAAAUGGAAUUAGAUGUGA